ACAACGGGUAGACUCCCUAACACAAAAAUUUGUGACAAUAAAUUUUUGUUUGAUUAAUUCUACUUAAAAUUACACAUAAAUGCAGGAACAUGCUUUCCAAGACCUCAAAAGCUCCUAAAAUAAGUUAAAAAAAUGCAAAAUAUUUUUUUCCAUGACAUCAUGCAAUAAAUAAUCAUUUAAUACACGAACGACUUUAUUUUAUUUUACUUUUUUCAUUUUAAAUUAUUUAUUUGAUUUUUCAAAUACCAAAAUUUUCUCCCAAAACUUGACCCGCGUCUUCCACUUUCAGAAUUGCCUCUCUCCUCAAAGAUGCUCUCUUUCUCCUCCACCAACCACCACCGCUGACGGCGGCGCAACCGCCAAAGAUCCAGUUUUUCACAGCUGCCCACUUACUAAUUCGCCAAACCCUCCACCAUGGGAAACUGCAACGCCUGCAUAAGGCCUUCAGAAAAAAGCGAAGCCGCCGCUUCAAAACCCCAAACCCCCAAACACCGCAAAAAACUGAACGAGCGAUACCCCAACCCCUACGCCCAAUCCCCGACUCCGAUACGCGUCCUCAAGGAUUUCAUCCCCCGGACGAGAAUCUCCGACAAGUACAUCCUCGGCCGCGAGCUCGGGCGAGGGGAAUUCGGGGUGACGUACCUCUGCACCGACCGGGAGACGCGCGAGGCCCUCGCUUGCAAGUCGAUCUCCAAGAAGAAGCUCCGCACGGCGGUGGACGUCGAGGACGUCCGCCGUGAGGUGGCCAUCAUGGCGAGCCUGCCGGACCACCCGAACGUCGUGAAGCUGCGGGCCACCUACGAGGACAACGAGGCGGUUCACUUGGUCAUGGAGCUGUGCGAGGGAGGAGAGCUUUUCGACAGGAUAGUGGCGCGUGGGCACUACAGCGAGAGGGCGGCGGCUGCAGUGGCGAAGACGGUGGCGGAGGUGGUGAGGAUGUGUCACCAGCACGGGGUUAUGCAUCGGGACUUGAAGCCGGAGAAUUUCCUGUUUGCGAACAAGAAGGAGAAUUCGGCCCUCAAGGCGAUUGAUUUUGGGCUGUCAGUGUUUUUCAAGCCUGGUGAAAGAUUUUCUGAGAUCGUGGGGAGUCCUUACUAUAUGGCACCAGAGGUUCUGAAAAGAAAUUAUGGACCUGAAGUCGACAUUUGGAGUGCCGGUGUGAUUCUUUAUAUUUUGUUAUGUGGGGUUCCUCCCUUCUGGGCUGAAACUGAGCAAGGUGUUGCUCUAGCAAUUUUAAGGGGAGCAAUUGAUUUCAAGAGGGAACCAUGGCCUCAAGUUUCAGAUAGUGCAAAAAGUCUCGUUAGGCAGAUGUUAGAGCCGGACCCCAAAAGGCGUUUGACAGCCCAGCAAGUGCUUGAUCACCCAUGGAUACAAAAUGCAAAGAAGGCAUCAAAUGUUCCCCUAGGAGAUAUUGUGAGGGCCAGACUCAAGCAGUUUUCUGUGAUGAAUAGAUUCAAAAAGAAAGCACUACGAGUGAUAGCAGAACAUCUAUCAGUUGAAGAGGUAGAAGUAAUUCGAGAUAUGUUUGCACUAAUGGAUACUGACAAUGACGGGAAAGUUACAUAUGAAGAACUAAAAGACGGUCUAAGGAAAGUGGGUUCCCAGCUGGCCGAGCCCGAGAUAAAACUUCUAAUGGAUGUGGCUGAUGUGGAUGGAAAUGGAGUUUUGGACUAUGGAGAGUUUGUUGCAGUCACCAUUCACUUACAGAGGAUGGAGAACGACGAGCAUAUCCGAAGAGCAUUUACGUUCUUCGACAAAAACAAAAACGGGUACAUCGAGCUCAAUGAGCUUCGAGAAGCUUUGGAAGAUGAAUCGGGUGAAGCCGAUAUUGAUGUUGUUAAUGACAUUAUGCGGGAAGUCGACACAGACAAGGAUGGUCAAAUUAGUUACGAUGAAUUUGUGGCGAUGAUGAAAACUGGAACGGACUGGAGAAAAGCAUCUCGACAGUAUUCAAGAGAGAGGUUCAAGAGUUUGAGCCUUAAUCUAAUGAAAGAUGGCUCUUUGCAGCUCCAAGAUGGGUUUACUGGUCAAACUGUUGUGGUUUGAAGGGAUUUUCCUUCCCUUUCCUUUUGUUCUCUUUUUUCAAAUGCCUAAUUAAUAUUACUGUCUAUAUCGGCUUCAUGUUCAUCCUCCAACACUCAGCUGAGGAAUUUAUAUCGGCCUUUUAAUCCAACAAAGAACGGGAUUUUCUGAGGUGAAUGGUUUUUUCAUGUUUUAGUUUUUGUUUGAUAGAAUAUAAUGUAAUAGGUAAUUAAAAUUAGGUGUUCAUGUCUUGUGUGCAUCCUCUUUGUGUAUUUUCUGAUGUCUCUAUUUGAUCUUGUGUUUGUGUAUAUGUGCUUUUCUUGACCCAGCCCAGAGAACUUAGUUGAAUUUGUUGAUUGAAAUGGAAAUAUUCUUAUGUUAUUUGUGUGUGUGUGUGUGUG